GAUACAGGAGAGGACUUCUGUCACUGAAAUUCAUCACAUUCAUAUAUGAAGAUUGUUGAACUCUUUUGGACUCAGCUGAAGGGCAGAUUGUUCCAUUCAACAGUUUUAAACCCUGGACUCAACUGUUCACUGGACUUUAUUUUGGACUGUACUGGACCCAACUGGACUUUCUAGGGUAUUCCACUGGACUGCAUUGGUUUCUAUUAGUUUUAUUAAUCACCUGAUAAAAAUCUGCUUCACUGUGGCAGCAGAGAGUUUGCUGAUGAACGAAGUUUGACCGGUUCUGCACAGUAGGGGUAUUCAUCUAAGGGCAAUCCGAGGUAAAUUAAGGUAAACCGAUGUCAGUUUUGGAGUUAUCUGCCUCAGAUUACUUUGAGUAAAAGGUCAAUUAGACCAGAUCAUUUAUUCAAAUACACUAACAGGAAAGAAAAAAGUCUUGUUUGGGGAGUUUGAGUUUGUUACAUUAAUUGAAGUGGGUGAUUUUGGUUCAGCUUUGUUUGAAUUGGAGAUCAGAAGAAAUAGUUCCUUUGUUAGGUUAUUUAUUUUGACAGUAAGGUUGGAGUACUCAUUUGAAUGUUGGCCUAGAUUAAACCUCAUGUCUUGGUGGAGGAUGCAAAAGACCAUGAAGAGCAGUAGCAGCUGCAGCAGCAUGAGUCUCCUGUGUGUCCUGUGGCUGCUGAUGGUCUGUCUGGCUCCUGGAAGCCGAGGCCAGAGGCUGAGGGAGACUGAGACGGAGCAGCCAGCAGCCAGUACUCAGCUGGCAGAGAGAGACGCUCUCUGCCACCAGGAGGGAUGCUACACUGUCUUCCUCCAGAAGAGAGCCUUCAGGGAGGCUGGGCGGAGCUGUCGGGAGCGAGGUGGGACCCUGGCAACAAUGCACACCAAGGAGGCAGCGGGUGUGGUCCAUGAGCUGCUGUCGGCUAUCGAGGGCACCAGGUCAAGGCUUCGCCUCUGGAUCGGGCUGCACAGACCGCCACGCCAGUGCUCAUCCACCCGACCGCUCAGAGGAUUCGUCUGGGUCACAGGCGACCAGGAUGGCCAGUUCACCAACUGGCUCCGUGAAGACACCCCUGGGACUUGUGCGGCCCCUCGCUGUGUGGCCAUGACCGUCCACACGUCCGAGAGCGGGCGUGAGAGCAGUGACAAUUUCCGGUGGCUCGAUGGCUCCUGCGCCCUGGCGUUGGAUGGCUACGUUUGCCAGUACAACUACAAAGGAAUGUGUUCACCGCUGGAGGACGAGGGCAGGGGUCAAGCUGUUUACACCACCCCAUUUCACCUCGUCAGCACACUUCUCACACAUGUGCCCUAUGGGUCUGUAGCUUCUCUGCCAUGCCCUGCAGACAACUCAGACUCAGAGGUUCCUGUUGGGCAGACGGUGCUGUGCAUGGAGAGAGACGACGAGACAGUGGGCUGGUCCAGGGAUGCCCCACUCUGCUCGUCCAGUGUAGCUCCACAGAACCAGGACUGGUGUAGCGGGGACCAUGGCUGUGAGCAGCACUGUCAGAACACAGACACAGACUACUACUGUUACUGCUCUGAGGGCUUUAUGAUAGAUGAGGAUGGGUACAGCUGCAAACCUGAUCCCCUAAGCCAAACUGACCUUCCUGAAUUAUCCGCCGACUCCGCCGGUCCCACUGACCAGCCCCACAUCAAAGACAUCUGUGUGGACAUGGGGUGUGAGCACGACUGUGUGGAGACACAGCGGGGCAUCCGCUGCACAUGCCCCCCCGGCUACCAAAUGGGUCCAGAUGGCCGCAGAUGUUCUGAUGUAGAUGAAUGUCUGCAGGACCCGUGCCCGCAACAGUGUGUCAACAUCCCAGGCACCUUCCUCUGCACCUGCCACUCCGGGUACCAGACAGAUGAUGAGGGGGAGUGUGAGGACAUCGAUGAGUGCCUGGAUGAGGGCAGCUGUGAAGGCACUUGUGAUAACACAGUGGGGUCCUUCACGUGUCUGUGUAACCCCGGGUACACAUCGGGCAGUGAAGGAGAGUGUGUAGAUGUAGAUGAGUGUGUGGGGGAGUCGCCCUGCCAGCAGCAGUGUCUCAACUACAGGGGAGCGUACCAGUGUUACUGUGACAAUGGCUACGACCUGCAGUCUGAUGGGCUCAGCUGCCAGCCUUCUCUUGAAGAUGAAGAAUAUUCUACUCUUACCCCUGACCCCAGUGACUCCGCUCACAUAUCUGACUUAGACCCUGACCUUGAUAUUCCCUGGUCCACCUCAUUCACUCCUGACCCAAACUUUGAAGCUGACACUAACUUUGACGUUGACUGGCUGACAGAAGCCCCAGAAGUGCUCGCCCCAGACAUGGCUCAUGGGUCAGACAAUCACCUUAACCAAUGGGAUGCCCUAUCACCAAAGCGAUAUCAGACAGCCCCGUCCCCAACGCAAAAAGACAACACAGGCAAUGAAAUUGAUAAUAAGGCUGAAACUAAGACAGAAGGUGAUGGAACUGCAAACGGGUCAGCCACUGGGAAGGGAUCUGACGUGGAUAGUAUAGAGGACGUCAGUGGCACAGCGGAGGCUCCAGGUAAACGGAAGCAUGACAAGAGCUGGCUCCUGGUGGCCCUGCUGGUGCCUCUGUGUGUGUUCCUCGUAGUGAUGCUGGCUCUGGGGAUCGUCUACUGCACCAGCUGUGCUGUGGACAAGAGCCUGAGCUUCUCAGACUGCUAUCGUUGGAUACUCCCUGCAACGCCUCCUGACAGGAGGGAAGGCAAAGCCCAAGCAUGAACCCUAAAAUAAACAAACACACACACACACACACACACACACACACACACACACACACAGAUGUGUUGGAAGCCCAGAUGUUUGUUAACAUUUCUCUUAUGGUGCUACCAUUUCUAGUCAGUGCAUCUGACUAGUUGUCCCAUUCAUCAAAGAAAACGUAAUACUUUAUGUUGCGCAUCCCUUGUAAAUAAUUCACUCUCUCAUCCUGUUUUUUAGAAU